AUGUCAAUUCAUACUGGAGGAGAAGACGCAACUAGACCAGCACCCGAUCAAGUUUUGAUAGAUAUAGCAGAAUAUGUUCAUUCGCCUAAAUUCGAUAACCAUGAUUUAGCAUAUGAAACUGCAAGAUUAUGUUUAAUUGAUACCUUGGGAUGUGGAUUAGAAGCUUUGAGGUUUCCAGAAUGUGCUAGACUUUUAGGACCAGUAGUUGAAGGUACGAUGGUUCCAAAUGGGACUCGAGUACCUGGAACCAACUAUGAGUUAGAUCCGAUUCGUGGUGCAUUCAAUAUUGGAACGAUGAUUCGUUGGUUAGAUUAUAAUGAUUGUUUCUUGGCUGCUGAAUGGGGUCAUCCUUCAGAUAACCUUGGAUCGAUCUUAGCUGUAGCAGAUUGGUUAAGUAGAAGUUCAAAAUCAAAACCAUUAAAGAUGAAAGAAGUCUUAACUUGUAUGAUUCAAGCUCAUGAAAUCCAAGGUGGAUUAGCCUUAGAAAACUCUUUUAACCGAGUUGGAUUAGAUCAUGUGGUUUUAGUUAAAGUAGCAAGUGCAGCUAUCGUUAGUAAAUUAUUAGGAUUUACAAAACAACAAACUAUUGAUGUGAUCAGUCAAGCUUUUGUUGAUGGUCAAAGUUUAAGAACUUAUCGUCAUGCUCCUAAUACUGGAUCUAGAAAAUCUUGGGCCGCUGGUGAUGCUUGUAGUCGAGCUGUAAAUCUUGCUCUUUUAGUUCAAAAGGGUGAGAUGGGUUAUCCUACUGUAUUGUCUGCUAAGACUUGGGGUUUCUAUGACGUCUUGUUUGGUAAAAAGCCAUUCAAAUUUCAAAGACCUUAUACAUCAUAUAUCAUGGAGAAUGUGUUAUUCAAAAUCUCAUAUCCAGCUGAAUUUCAUGCACAAACUGCAGUAGAAUGUGCUCAUAUUCUUCAUAAUAAGUUAAAAGAGAUGGGUAAAAGUUCAGAUGAUAUCGAAUCUGUUACUAUUCGAACUCAAGAAGCUGCGAUCAGAAUUAUCGAUAAACAAGGUCCGCUUCAUAACUUUGCUGAUCGAGAUCAUACUAUUCAAUAUAUGGUCGCCAUCCCAUUGAUCUUUGGUAGAUUAACUACCGAAGAUUACACAGAUGCGAUUGCCAAAGAUCCACGUAUAGAUCCAUUACGAGCUAAGAUCAAUUGUAUUGAAGAUAAAAGGUUCAGUGUAGAAUAUCAUGAACCAGAUCAAAGAUCGAUUGGAAAUGCGAUUAAGAUCAAACUUAAGGAUGGUACUGAACUUGAUGAAAUCGAAAUCGAAUAUCCUGUUGGACAUAAAAGACGUAGAAGUGAAGGAAAACCUUUACUUGAAGCUAAAUUCAAGAGACAUGCUGAAGCUCACUAUUCUAAGGAACAACUUGGAAAGAUCUUAGAUGUGGUUAAUGAUCAAAAGAAAUUGGAGUCUAUGGAUGUUCAUAGUUUUAUGGAUUUAUGGGUUAAGAAAUAA